CACAGAGACAGCGGACAGACGGCAGAAUACCAACGAAGAAGAAACAGCAGCGACAGUAGUCGGAGGAGUGUGAAGCGAGCUACAUGUCGCUGCAGGUCAGCUGUCUGUCGUUCCGGCAGCCGUACGCCGGUCUGGUUCUGGACGGGGUGAAGACGGUGGAGAGCCGCUGGCGCCCCCUACUGGCCCCGCUGGAGAACCAGACUCUGGCUAUCCACAUCGCCUGGCGGGACUGGAAGGGUGAGGAUUGGAGGACGGUGCUAAGCGGUCCAUUGGGGAUGAACCGUGGUCAGAUGGAAGCGCUUCUGGAGUCCGGGGAGAGGUUCGGCCAUGGCGUAGUGGCAGGGUUGGUGGAUGUAGGAGAGACCUGGCUGUGCCCCGCCUCCCUGCAGGGGGAGGAGCUUCAGCACCUGGAGCGGUCUGCUGUUCUGAUUGGUCUACAAGAGAAACACUUGACUCACCUGUCAAACCCCCGCUGGCUGAAGGAGCCGCUGAGUACUCGAGGAGGUCGUGACCUCUGGACUGUGGAGAUUCCCUAUGAGCUGUUACCAUGACACACACAGGAAGUCCACGUAGGCGCUCACUCCUGCACCCGAUGAUUCCACAGUGGGACACCAUUAAACCUCAACGUCCGAGUGCCGAUUUGGAGAUUUAGCCUGUGAAACCCAAUGACAGGCGGUCGCCAUAUUGAAAAUGUUGACUAAGGUGGAGCUGAGGCGGGGCCAGUGGUGGGGGGCGCCAAUCCACUUCCCACAAGGAGUUCAAUGGAUGGACAACAAAUACAAUUUUUAAAAAUACGUUGUCAAUAAAAGAUAGACAUGUAGGAUUGUGAAGUAAAGAUGUGGUUGUUGAGUAAAAUAAUGAACCUGUAAUAAAAAAGUAGAUUUUAAACUUUAA